AUGGUUCAAGAAGACGUCAAUUUGAGCACAGCUCUGCCUUCUGCUCCAGCCACUAAGAAGGGACCUCAUGAUCCCAGAAUAGCUCGAUUCACGGCUUCAGUACUGGUGCUUAUAACCAUAGGUUUGGUGCAACUGAUUGGUCAGAGUAUGGCGGUUCAUGGGCCAGUGAUUGUGGCGCAGCUUCUUUUCCUCUUUUUCACUGCAUUUACUCAUGAGGUGGGUUUUGGAGGAAUUAUACAAAAAGAUUUGCUUCUUCAGGGAACUGAGAUGAGGGGAAGGAAUGAACGGCAUCUUCCAAUUUAG